CGUGUGUUCGCAUGGUUUGCGUUUUGUUGACUGAGUGAUUCUCUGAGUUCAGACAUCAGUAAACACUCAGAGCACAUAAUGAACAAGAUGAGCGCUGUACUGAAGUUGCUGCUGCUGACGGCAAUGACUCUGCUGGUUUCUGCUCAGGAAUGGGAUAACUACGAGAGCUUGCCUGAAUCAUACAGAACACACAUUGACAAGGCACUGCGUGAGGCCAAUGAAAGAUUUGGGGGUCCUCAUCAUGUUGCCUAUGAAAAGCUCUUGCUCCCCCUGAAAAUUACAGACAAUAACUUGUAUGUAAAUGUGCGACUGAUAGUCACUACAUGCAAGAAGGAACCACAUAAAGGAUUUGGACAUCGAGAUGACUGUAUUACACAAAAACCUAAAACGCCCUGGAUUGACUGUCUUGUAUGUAAGCAAGAAAACGGUGAAGAACUGAUUGACUGUGCAAGACAAGUUGAUGUCAGAAAUGGAAGAGACAUUCGAAAGGAGUGUGCUUACUGGACACAUGGAGGAGCAACUGUGUUGUCUCAGAAAAGUGGGAAUAAUAAGCAGGAGUUAGGAUGUCUUGGGUGUGUCUGACUUUAAGUCCCCUAAGCAGCACAUAGCAAACUGACAAAAUACAGAUUCCACCUGUGAAUGAAGAGGAAUAUAUACUGAUCACCAUACAAAAAAGCACUUUAGACAGAUGACUUUUAUGAGAAUUGGAGCAUAAACGCCUUUACAUUGUGUUAAAAUGUCAUGAAUGGACCAAUAGGAAUGGUCCAAAAUUUAUCUUACUCCAUUAACUUCCAUUAAGGUUAAGAAGGUUUUUUCCUUCUCCUCUAAAGUUACCUUUUUAGAGAUAGAAGGUUUUGUUUCAACAGCAGUGAUACACUUUUCAAUAAAGACCAUUAUUCUCAC